AGAACGUAAACAUUCCCACUUCCGCCAGAAGAGAGAAUGUGCAAAGUUGGCGCAGAAAAUAUAUCCAUGUGUGUUAUUUAAUGUUUACAGGAGGACAUCUGUGGAAUUUCGUAUCGAUGAAACAAGAUGCUUGAGGAAUAAGGAUUGGAUUCCAUUUCUAGUUUAAUUCAACCAUGCUAUCAUCAGAAGAAGCUGCUUGAUAGAAUACACCCCCAGCCAUGGAGCAAUUUUUACAAGAAACAAGAAAAUUUCUGGACAAAGAAACAUACAAAGACAGUAAAAUACAUGUUGUCAUUGGCAAUGAAUCAUGUGACCUUGACUCAGCUGUUUCAGCCUUGACCUACAGUUACUUUUUACACAAGACAUCUUCCUCCAGUCAACUCCCAUGUCUUCCUGUGCUAAAUACUCAGAGGUCCAAGUUCCACCUUAAAACAGACACAAAAUUUCUCCUCAACCACACAGGGAUAAACCCAGAUCAUUUGACCUUCAGGGAUGACCUUGACCUUCACAACCUCCAUCAACAAGGCAGAUUGACCUUGACCCUGGUUGACCACAAUGUUUUGGUUGGUCGUGACUCAUCGUUGGAGGACAGUGUUGUCAUGGUAAUUGAUCACCGUCCGCUGGAAAGGAAACCCUGCGAUAGGGUGAAGAUAAUUCAGGACCUUGUUGGCUCCUGCAGUUCUUUGGUCGCUGGGAUAUUACUGGACAAUCCAGAAUUUACAAUAUGCCCACAAGUUGCCACAUUGUUACUAGGUACAAUAUUAGUAGACACUGUGAAUACGAGUCCAGAGGCAGGGAAGACAACUCCGUAUGAUCAAGAGGUCUUACGCCGACUGACCCAGAUAGUACCUGACCUAGAUAAAGACAAACUCUAUAGCGACAUCCAGGACACCAAGAAUGAUAUCUCAGCUCUGAGCACAAAGGAAGUGCUGGAAAAAGAUCUAAAGUGUGUCACCCAUGGCAACCACACAGUAGUGAUGUCAUCAAUUCCCGUAUCUUUGGAGGCAUUUCUUCAGCGUUCUGAUGUAUCAGAGUCCAUGAAUUCUUUGAUGCUUGACCGAAAAGGGCAGAAUGUAGUUGUCAUGACAAUGCAUGUAGAUACAGGGGCUCCAUGUAGGGAAAUCUUAAUAUUCUCCAAUAGUGCUGAGGAAACAACAAAGCUGACUGAGUUCUUGAAAACAAAUGAAGAGAUUCAGUUAGAUCUUCAGCCUUUCACCUGUGACCUCAGAAACUGCUUAGCAUAUUACCAAGGAAACGUCAAGGCUUCCAGAAAAAAAGUCCUUCCAUUGGUCAAGUCAUUUUUGCAAACAACAAAUAUACCUCAGGAUGACCUGCUGUUGAACUUUGACCCUUUUGGGUCAGUAGGGCAAUCAGACACUCUGUUAGAUUUUUCAAAUAACUCUGCUUCACCAUCUGUGGUAACAAGCAGUGAACAAUUUAGCACAAACCAGGACCUUCUCUUUGAUCCUUUAUCCACUGAGAGUUCUAAUAAACAGACAGCUUCCCAAGAUCUUUUAGGAUUGUUUGAGGAUACUGAACAACGAAAACACCCUAAAAUCAGCAUUACUUUACCAAAGUCCCCCGAGGAGCCUUCUAACCCCUCUGGAGCCCCUGAUUUACUGGGCGACUUCACAGAGGCGGAUGUCAUGGAGUCCCCACUACGCACCCCCGAUUUGAUGCAGAGUCUCUCUGAGGCUUCUUCUGGUCCUGGUUCGGCCUGGAACUCUCGACCUGGGUCAGAAUAUCCAAGUCACACCGUAACGCCCCCAGAAACUGCUACGCCACCAAAUAGUUUGAUCUCAACAGGUUUCCAUGCCAACAACGAAUUUACUCUGCCCAGUAUGAACAAUGUGGAAACCAUUGAAAAAAUUCAGCAAAAGAAGCGACAAAUGAUGAAAGGUGCUAGGAAGGUGAAAGGAGAUGUGAUGGAUAGUUAUCCUUAUACACCUCAGAACAGUGUGGCUGAUGUACAGUUUGAUUCCUUGGCCAAGGAACAUAAUUUAAGAACUUUGAAUAAUUCUCAGAUGGUGCAACAAGUGGAACAGAAACGAAAGUCUUUAGGUGGAGAAGUGGACCUUCUGUCAUCUGCUGAUAACGAGGAGGGUAAUGUUCCAUUUACUCCACAGAACAGUUUUGUGUCAGAUCAGUUCAGUGAGUUUUACAAUCACGAAUCUAACCUACCGAGUCUUAACAAUGCGGAGAUGGUACAACGAAUUCAGGACAAGCGGGCGAGUAUGGGAGGAGAUGUGAAGGAAGAAAAAACAACUGAGGAAGAAGACAGUGUUCCCUUUACUCCACAAAACAGCUUCAUGGAAAGCAAUUUUGACACUCUAGCCAGCGAACACAUUUUGCCAAGUCUUAACAAUGCGGACAUGGUUCAGCGGGUAAAGCAGAAGCGCUCCACUUUAGGUAGCAGACUUGUCGACCCAGAUAUGAACUCAACUGUGUCCCCAGUAGGAGUAGAAGGGAUUGAUCCAGUCCAGAGUUCUGUCCCCUUCACUCCUAAGAACAGCUUUGUGGAAUCCAACAUGGAGAAAUAUCAGAGUCAAGGCUUGGAUUUAAAUUCACUCAACAGUCGUCUGCUGAACAUAAGUCAGGAUAAAUCUGUGAUAUUCUCUCAGGAGCCAUCUUUACUGGACUUUGACCCCGUAUCCAUUGUACCAGAAAAUGUGGUGGCCAAGGGCAUUGCUCAAGAAAUGCUGAAAGAUAGUCAGGAGGCUUCAGGGAGUGAGUUGCUAGACCUAGACUUUAAUGAUGACAAUAAUGGUGAUAGCCCAGCAGGGAAUCAUGGGAAAUCCAGUGGAACUAUGAGAAAAGAUUUUAGUCAGGGAAGUCAGCAGGGAGGGAACCAGUCAAGUGACAGUGCACCAGGAAAGGGAGAUAAACCAAUACAGGAUGUAGCCUUCUCUCUAGCAGGGGAGUUAAUUGAACAUGUGUUGGACAACUUUGAACCCAGUCAGUCACUGAUUGAUGCCACGCCCAUGUCUCCAAGUGCUGCUGGGAUACCAGAGGUCAUCGAGGUCAAACCUGAGAAGCAGGAGGCAGUGAACUCAUUGUGGCAAGGUUUGAGUGCAGACAGUUUAAAUAAUGGUGUGAAGAAGGUAGCCAGCAAUAGCCAGCUUCUCUCCUUAGAGACAGAUUACUUGUCAAAGGUCGACCCCCUACAUGGAACCUACGACCUAGUUACCAACGAAGCGGACCGUGAAGUGGUGGAGAGUUCCAGCUUCCGUAAAAUCAGUGGGGAAGCCCCCAAAACGGUCCGCGAGGACAUUCUGAAAGAAUCGUCCCACAGGGCAGAACGGGACGGGGCAGGUAUCAACGGGACAAUGGAGGACGAGGGGAGUGACAGAAAGACAAAGGAGUCUGAUGAUGAUAGAAAGAAUGAAGAAGGAAUGAAAAAAGAGGAAGAAAUGGAAAAGACGGACCAUGAGCUCCCCUCACCUACACAACAAAUGGCAGAAAGUCUGUUAAACACUGUAAUUCAGAACGCAGUCAAAGUCGUCCAAUCAGAAACACAAGAAGAAGCAGCCUCAAAUGAGGGAAAAACCACCAUCACUCAACAGUCUAUUUUUAACUUUGACACCACAGAGGACAGUAUGGAGGAAUCUGGGUCAUCUCCCUCGGACACCUCAUCCCCGACGCAAUCGACGACGACGGAGGCCAGUUACAACCUCUCCUCCCCCGAGUGUGAGGGGGCGGGGGAUGGGGCCAGGGAGGGGGAGAGCAUGCCAAGAGCAGAUAAAUCUGUACUGUCAGUGACCAGUAUAAGCAGUGAAAGUUUAUCGUCGUACACUGGUAUCAAGAGUGAUGUGAACUUAUUAGAGAGGACAGAAAAAUCUUUAAUGUCUCUAGGGAGUAUAAGUAAUGAGAGCUUGCUAUCCUAUACUGGAGUGAAAAGUGAUAUGAAUUUAGAGGCGCUAGGAGGUCCCACAUCCCCCAAAAGUAAAAUUUUCACCAAAAAUUACCCAUCAGUGACAGAAAAUUCAGACAAAAGUGAAAAUUUGGCCACAGAAACUUCCAAAGUGAUUUUUAAGUUAGAUUCAUUUGAGGACAAUUUGGAAGAAGAAAAUACAGAAACGAAAGUGAAAGAGAAAGUAGAUUCAAGAACUAAAAGAGAAGUGUACGAAACAUCAGCUGGUCGUAUCAGCAUCAGAGUGGACGAUGAAGCGGUGCUGUCGGAAUUGUCACCGUCCGGUGACCAGACCCCGGGGACCUCAUUGGGGGAGGAGAAGACCCCCAAAACAUCCUCCUCAGACGACGGCCUACCUCUGGUGUCUGUUUCUAGCGACCCCUUUGAGAGCCUCACCUCCUCAGCCAUAGCAACCAAGGAUGAAGAAAAGGUGGGUUUAGAAAUCUUUAAUAUUUUUUGUACUGUAAAGAAUUAUAUGGGUUGGAUGUUUUGAAAGACUUUGAAAUCU